AUGGUAAGGAAGAAGUCUUCCCCUACCAGGGCUACACAGUUUGCAAUAUUUGAACCAAAAACCAGCUUGGCCUGCCUUCUUGUUCUUGCCAUUAGUGUGACCCUAUCCAAUGCUGCUUGCUUCUUUGAGAUAUUGAAGCCAGGGAUAUCGGAUGGUGAGAUCAUAGGCUGCCGUGACUCAAAUGGAGAGGUACAUAAAUUUGAUUCCCACUGGAGAAAUGCAGACUGCUAUGAUUGCACCUGUUCCAGGGAUGGAAUCAGCUGCUGCUCCAGCUUUGCAACACCAGUUGGCUAUGAUAAAGAGAAGUGUAUAAGCAUUUUCAACAAGGAGGAAUGCACUUAUAAAGUAGUGGAGAAAGAUGAUCACUCAAAAGAAUGUCCAGUCCAUGAGUGGGUGGGCUAA